AUGGGCCAUGAUAAUGGAAUAGCAUUCACGCGCCCAUUACUGCAUAAAGAACAACUCGAGCGAGGUAUUGAGACGAUGGAGGGCCGGGAUGCGGAAGCUGCCAAUCCGCCGUCAGUGAUUUCGGCCGACUCGGGUCUCGAUCAAUCGGUGUCUGACGCAUCGGCGCCGAUUUCCCCGGGUGCACAAGCGAGCGUCACGAACACGACCAACAAUGAUGAAGCCUACAUUGAAGAUCCGCUUGCUACAAGGCCGCGAAAGUCUGUUGUCGAACCCCCGGCGGAGAAGGUGCUCAACGAAAUCGUUCGCGAGAUCCCCAUGGAUGGGGUCUACAUACCAGAAAAUUCUUUUGUGGGGGCCACAGAGCCGGAUGCGUUUGGUGGAGUAAGCUUUGGCGACGUUGGCUGGGGACUGACCGAUGAUGGACCGGCCGACAGCGAGGAUUGCAUCGAACCUCUAGCUUCCGGGGCCAAGGGCAAAAACGACCAUACAGCUGUGGGAAACGAGGACGUGCUGAAAGAAUUUGAAAAGCCGACUUUGGACGAGGCAAAGUGCACGAAAUGCGAAAAGCCCCCAGCUAGCAGCAUGGCGCGUGACCAGAUCGAGCACAUCUCUAAGCAUAUCGUGGGGCUUCAACGCUAUCAAUGUGGCGUGUGCCCGGCCAAAUUCAUCAGUGAGGUCAAAUGCGCCAACCAUUUCUUGAAGACGCACAACAAGGAGGUUGCGGCUACACCGAAGGAUUUAAUGAACGAUGACCUCAAGAAGGUAUAUGAACGAGUUACAACUGAGUGUCUUCCAGACGCCGUUCAAGUUGUGCUCGAGUGGUGUGAGACGACACUCGCCUGGGACAACGAGGAGGCCUUCAAUCGCUGCCUCAAGAACCGCUUGGUCUGCAGCCUUUGCAAAAUCGAGGUGCAGUCGAACCACAAGAAUGUGCUGAAGCAUAUCAACACCCACAUCAACCAGAAGCCGUGGUUUUGCUCGUUAUGCAAGUUUGCAAGCGGCAGCUCUGUCAGUAUCCGCCAUCACAUUGCCGUCAAGCAUCUACACGCCGAUAAGAGCGCCCCUAUAGAAAUUAGCAAAAAUACUUCGGCCAUCUUCUUGAAGGAGCUGAAGGCUGCCUGCGCGAUGUGCUUCCCGGCGAUCGAGAAGCAGAUUCUCGCCAAUCUCAGCUAUGUCUUUCGCGUCCGUUUUGACCCCACGGAGCGCGCGGCGCAAGAGUGCGAACAGGGAAGGAUGUUGCACGCCUUGAAGCAGGAUAAGAAGGCUACGACUGUCGCUGCUGUGGCGGAGGACCCGAUUCAGAAUCGACCGAAUCGCAAGCGGAAAACGGCCGAAAAAGCCGAGGCCUCAUCUUCGCGCGAAAUUGAUAACGAAUCUAUCGAAAUGGAACCGCGCAGCAGUGAUACUUCCGGUCUGCUUGAUGAGUCUGUUGCUUCUCGUCGAGGAAAAGGCAAGAACUCGAAGCGAAAAGCCAGCUUGGAUGAGAGUCUGGAGACGCCGCGUGGUGAUGGGGGUUCACAGCUUCCUCAAGCCGGCCCGAAGCGCAAGAGAAAGGCGGCUGCUGCGUCGAGUUCAAAGGCUGCUCAGACCGGAAAUGUGUCGGUGCUACAAGAAACCGACCAGCUCGUCGAUACAGCAAUAUCACCAAUGGUCCCGUCAGCAGCUGUGCCAUUCGUCUGCCCUCCCCCAUUGGUCAUCUUCGACCCGUUGAGCUUUUCCGACCGGGAGGAGGCGCUGAGACGACUC